ACAAGAGGGAGAGCGAGGAGGGAAGAGUGGAGAGGACCCAGGAGGCGCGCCAGCCUCAGCCACCUUCUUCCAGGCGGCCCCCUCCCCAUUCCCCCGACACACACUCGCUGGCUUGCUCGCCUGCACACGCACACCCCCGCGCCGGACCAGCACCUCGGCAGGCUUCACACACUCGGCAGCCCCAGCCUCGGCAGCCGCAGCGGGAUGGAGGUGGCGCGCACGGAGCGCCCCACAGGCUGGCCCGGGGCGCCCCUUGCCCGGACUGGGCUCCUGCUUUUGUCGACGUGGGUCCUGGCCGGUGCAGAGAUCACUUGGGGUGCGACAAGCGGUCCUGGGCGCCCGGCUGGUCUGGCUUCACGGCCCCCCGUGCUACUCCCUCUCUUGCCGCGGGCAGUGGAAAGCCAGUGGCCGGAGAAGCUGGCAACAGCGCGGAGAGGCGCCGCACUGGGGCACCAUCCAGGACGAGAGCCGCUGCUCCAUCCAGGCGGCGUCAGUGGCAGAAAGAAGCAGGGAGAAGCCGGGGGGCUGUCCCCGGCAGGUGCAUGGUGGGGACAGGACAUACCAGCUACUGGCAAACCUGGCAGCUCGAGGAGGAGUCGCCGAGCACAGCCCCCCAGUGCCCUGGAACGCGAGGACACCCGGGCCACUGCCUUAUCCGAUGGUUCCAAAGGAAGCCGUCAUCUGGCCAAGGGUCUCCGGGAAGAGGUGAAGGCACCGCGGGUUGGGGGUGCGGCGGCCGAAGAGCUCAGGCUGACCAGCACCUCGUUUGCUCUGACUGGGGACUCGGCCCACAACCAAGCCAUGGUGCACUGGUCGGGACACAACAGCAGCGUUAUACUUAUCCUGACGAAGCUGUACGACUUCAACCUGGGGAGCGUGACUGAGAGUUCGCUUUGGAGGUCCACAAAUUAUGGCACCACCUAUGAAAAGCUGAAUGACAAAGUGGGUUUGAAGACUGUCCUCAGUUACCUCUACGUCAAUCCCACCAACAAAAGAAAGAUCAUGCUUCUUAGUGAUCCUGAAAUGGAGAGCAGCAUAUUGAUCAGCUCAGAUGAAGGUGCAACUUAUCAGAAAUACCGGCUCACCUUUUAUAUCCAGAGUCUGCUCUUUCAUCCCAAGCAAGAGGACUGGGUGCUGGCCUACAGCCUGGACCAAAAGCUCUACAGCUCCAUGGACUUUGGGAGACACUGGCAACUCAUGCAUGAACGCAUCACCCCCAACAGGUUUUACUGGUCGGUGGCUGGAUUGGAUAAGGAGGCGGACCUGGUGCACAUGGAGGUGCGGACCACCGACGGAUACGCCCACUACCUCACCUGCAGGAUCCAGGAAUGUGCCGAGACCACUCGGAGCGGGCCUUUUGCUCGCUCCAUUGACAUCAGUUCCCUGGUCGUCCAGGACGAGUACAUCUUCAUUCAGGUAACAACUGGUGGCAGAGCCAGCUACUACGUGUCCUAUCGGAGAGAGGCCUUUGCUCAGAUAAAGCUGCCCAAGUACUCGCUGCCAAAGGACAUGCACAUUAUCAGUACCGAUGAGAACCAAGUGUUUGCAGCGGUCCAAGAAUGGAACCAGAACGACACCUACAAUCUCUACAUCUCAGACACACGUGGGAUCUACUUCACCCUGGCCAUGGAGAACAUUAAGAGCAGCCGAGGUCUAAUGGGGAACAUCAUUAUUGAAUUGUAUGAGGUAGCAGGUAUCAAAGGAAUAUUCCUGGCAAACAAGAAGGUGGAUGACCAGGUGAAGACUUACAUCACUUACAACAAGGGCAGGGAUUGGCGCCUACUACAAGCUCCAGAUGUGGACCUGAGAGGAAGCCCAGUGCACUGCCUGCUGCCCUUCUGCUCCUUACACCUGCACUUGCAGACCUCCGAAAACCCGUAUUCCUCGGGAAGAAUCUCAAGCAAGGCGACAGCCCCGGGACUUGUGGUGGCGACAGGUAACAUUGGCCCGGAGCUCUCAUAUACUGAUAUCAGUGUGUUCAUCUCUUCCGAUGGGGGCAACACAUGGAGACAGAUCUUUGAUGAAGAGUACAACGUCUGGUUCCUAGACUGGGGUGGUGCCCUGGUGGCCAUGAAGCACACACCUCUGCCAGUCAGGCAUUUAUGGGUGAGUUUCAACGAGGGCCACUCCUGGGACAAGUAUGCUUUCACUUCGGUCCCUCUGUUUGUCGACGGGGCCCUGGUGGAGGCUGGCGUGGAGAACCAGAUCAUGACAGUCUUUGGCCACUUCAGUCUCCGCUCUGAAUGGCAGCUGGUGAAAGUGGACUACAAAUCUAUCUUUAGCCGGCACUGCACCAAGGAAGACUAUCAGACCUGGCACCUACUUAAUCAGGGAGAACCUUGUGUCAUGGGAGAAAGGAAAAUAUUCAAGAAACGGAAGCCAGGAGCUCAGUGUGCCCUGAGCCGAGACUCCUCAGGGACAGUGGUCUCAGAACCCUGUGUCUGUGCCGACUCGGACUUUGAGUGUGACUAUGGCUAUGAGAGACAUGGAGAGAGCCAGUGUGUCCCAGCUUUCUGGUACAAUCCAGCAUCCCCAUCAAAGGACUGCAGCCUUGGUCAAAGCUACCUUAACAGCACCGGGUACCGGCGGAUUGUGUCCAACAACUGCACAGACGGGCUGAGAGAGAAGUACACUGCCAAGGCCCAGCUAUGCCCUGGAAAAGCCCCUCGGGGCCUCCAUGUGGUGACAACUGAUGGACGCCUAGUGGCAGAGCAGGGGCACAAUGCAACCUUCAUCAUCCUCAUGGAGGAGGGUGAUCUCCAAAGGACAAACAUCCAGCUUGACUUUGGGGAUGGGAUUGCAGUGUCCUAUGCGAACUUCAGCCCCAUUGAGGAUGGCAUCAAGCACGUGUACAAGAGUGCAGGCAUCUUCCAGGUGACGGCCUAUGCUGAGAACAACUUGGGCUCGGACACGGCUGUCCUCUUCCUGCACGUGGUUUGUCCCGUGGAGCAUGUUCAUCUCCGAGUUCCAUUUGUCGCCAUAAGAAAUAAGGAGAUCAACAUCAGUGCGGUGGUGUGGCCCAGUCAGCUGGGGACUCUGACCUACUUCUGGUGGUUCGGCAACAGCACGAAGCCCCUCAUCACCUUGGACAGCAGCAUUUCCUUCACGUUCCUUGCAGAGGGAACCAAUACCAUCACUGUUCAGGUGGCGGCUGGGAAUGCUCUCAUCCAGGACACAAAAGAUAUAGCAGUUCAUGAGUAUUUCCAGUCCCAGCUGUUAUCAUUCUCUCCUAACCUGGAUUACCACAAUCCUGACAUUCCAGAGUGGAGGCAAGAUAUUGGCAAUGUCAUCAAGAGAGCUCUGGUUAAGGUAACUGGGGUCCCAGAAGACCAGAUCCUGGUUGCUGUGUUCCCUGGCCUCCCUACGUCAGCAGAGCUCUUUAUCCUCCCCCCAAAGAACUUGACGGAGAGGCGGAAAGGCAAUGAAGGGGACCUGGAACAAAUUGUAGAGAUGCUGUUUAAUGCUCUAAACCAAAACUUGGUCCAGUUUGAACUGAAGCCAGGGGUUCAAGUCAUUGUGUAUGUCACACAGCUGACAUUAGCUCCACUGGUGGACUCCAGUGCUGGGCGCAGCAGCUCAGCCAUGCUGAUGCUCUUGUCGGUGGUGUUCGUUGGCCUGGCUGUGUUUCUGAUCUACAAGUUCAAAAGGAAAAUCCCCUGGAUUAACAUCUAUGCUCAAGUUCAACAUGACAAGGAGCAGGAGAUGAUUGGGUCAGUGAGCCAAAGUGAAAACGCCCCCAAAAUCACACUCAGUGACUUCACCGAGCCUGAGGAACUGCUGGACAAAGAGCUGGACACCCGGGUCAUAGGAGGCAUUGCCACCAUUGCAAACAGCGAAAGCACAAAGGAGAUUCCCAACUGCACUAGUGUUUAACACCAACAAGCCACGUGGUCAACCAUCUCUCUGACUUUUUAUUUUUGAUGAUUACUAUUACUAUUAUUAUGGAAGCAAAUGAAAUGUCUUUUUUUACCCUUUGUUUACCAAGGGCCCCUUCAUAAAUAGCAGGCAGAUGCUUACUUAGCUUUGGGAGGUGUUCAUAGCUGAUUAAAAUGAGAUAAAAAGGAUAAAUGGCUAUAUUUGUGCUAUGGGCACUUGCUUUAUUCUGCCAUUAAUGGUUCAAGGACUCUCUUUUUCCUUGUGGUCUCUCUAUGUUUUUAUAAGUUGGAUUGGCUUUUCAUUAACCUCCUAUCCCCCGAAUCACCAACAACCUCAUCCCCUAGCACAUGCACCUAAAACAUCAACCAUUUCCCAGUUAGAUCUGCAGGAGGUAGGUUGGUGGGGCGUGAACUAGCUGCAGCAAGAGUGCACACCUUCAGGGAGGAGGCCCUGCCUCGUGCAUGUCAAUAGUGAGGCUACUGAUGGCUUCUUGUAUAUAAUUACAAUGUAAAUAGCUUUUUAUUUCCUAAGAAAUAAUUUAAUGUUUAGUAAAAAAGAAAACAGAAAAAAGAAAGAUGUGUGUGUUGGCUUAUGCACUCACCCUCAGAGCUGACCAACCCCAGGCCUGGUUGACGUGUUGGGUUCUGGAUGCUCUCCAGUUGUCUGUCACAAUUAACUCUUGCAUCUCUGUGUCCAUGCCAUAGCUGGUUGCCACUUAUGUAUAUGGGGUGGGGGGCUCGGGAAGGGGAACUUCUUUGGGAUGAUUCGUAAAGGAAGGACUAUAGGAAUAUCAUGGAACAUGGAGUCUUAUUGUUCCAUCAGUGACAUGGAAGAAGUUGCGAGAUGAAACCCGCCAGAGACUUCAAACUGAGAUCCAGAUGGAGGACAAGGGUUCCCCUCCAGGAGGACGAAAUGCAGGAUGUCAGCACGAGAAAAUGCUCUUCUCUAACAAAGCCAGGCAACAGAUCUAAAAACAACAGUGAAUCUGCUUUCUGGUUGGAUUCCAAAGAAAUGGAUAGUGUUUCUGGAAGAUUCCUGAGCUAUUUUUAGCUGAGAGUAGUCCUCUGGACACUAGAUUCAGGCCAGCAAGUGACUUGGCAGGGGAGGGGUUACUGGGGUCUGGAGGGAAGUGUCAUUUCUAGAAUCGUGAGUCCAGGCAAACCUUGUGGGCCAAAUAGGGGUCUAGUCUUUAAUGAUAUUAGUCAAAAGAUGAUUUUAGCAAAGCUGUGCUGUUUGCUUGUCAGAUGUACACAACUUCCCUAAAGUCAAACGUCUGCCUUCAGUUCCCGUAAGAUAGCUCCUGCCCCUGGAGUGAGUGGCUCCCGACACGAGUACUUUCCUUCCCAGCACCUGCCCCUUCACACAUUUAGACAUGCCAGUUGUUUUCCGUAGGCUCCCUUUAAGCCAUGCUGUAAGCAGUUUUUAAUUUUCAGGCUCAGCCUGUGCACACUGUUUUAGAAAAUGAUACACUGUGUAUAUAUACAUAUAUAUAUAUAUAUGGGAGGAAAGGCCAAAAUUUCACCCAUUAAUAUUUGUGGGAUGUCGUUCACAUUUCUCUCUAUGAGAACGUGAUGUGCAUCGUCUGGCUACAGCAUAGGUCAGGAUUAGGAGUAUUUCAAAAGAUCCUGCUUUUUUGUUUCAAGGGUUAAAUGGGGCAGACAAUUGCAAUACUUGUACUAAAC